UUUCUGCGUUGCGUCUUAUCUCGAAAUUCGAUAGUUUCGAGUUCGCAGUUGUGAUUUUGUUGUCAUUAUGGCUGAUUCAGAAUGUGUGCGUGAAAAAUCUAAUUUAAACACGAAUUCAGUGAACGGAUAUGUGAAAUCAGACACCUUCAAUAAAAUCAUGAGGGGCCACGCGGUUCAAAUUGUCACAUCUGAAGCGAAUCACAAAUUUAACCUGAAUGAAUCCGCUUUGGAGGAGAUCCUCCUUUCAGAGGAAAUCAAAGACUGCAGCGUUGCUGUUGUCUCCGUUGCUGGUGCUUUUAGGAAAGGCAAAUCGUUUCUCCUAGACUUUUUCCUCCGAUAUAUGAAAUACACAUAUGAAUCAGAAGCGGCAGUUUAUGGGUCCGAUUGGAUGGGAGCCUCAGACACACCUCUUGAAGGAUUUUCCUGGCGGGGAGGCUCAGAAAGGGACACAACGGGUAUUUUAAUGUGGUCUGAAGUAUUUAUCACCACCCUGCAAAAUGGAGAAAAGAUUGCUGUCAUUCUUUUGGACACUCAAGGAACCUUCGAUAGUGAGAGUACUGUCCGAGAUUGUGCCACAGUCUUUGCGUUAAGCACAAUGCUUAGUUCAAUCCAAAUCUAUAAUUUAUCUCAAAAUAUACAAGAGGAUGACCUCCAACACUUACAGCUCUUCACUGAAUAUGGAAGACUGGCUCUAGCUGACACAGGAAAGAAACCGUUUCAAAAGUUACAAUUUUUAGUCAGAGAUUGGAGUUUUCCCUAUGAGGCAGAAUACGGAGCAGCUGGUGGAGAGGAAAUUUUAGAACGAAGGCUGAAGAUAUCAGACAAACAGCACCCAGAAUUGCAAGCCUUAAGGAAGCAUAUCAAAGCAUGUUUCUCAGAGAUCCACUGCUUCUUGAUGCCUCAUCCUGGAUUAAAAGUCGCCACUAAUCCUCAUUUUGAUGGGAGAUUGUCAGAUAUUGAAGAUGAAUUCAAAAAACAUCUUUGCAGCUUGGUACCUAUGUUGCUGUCACCUGAAAAGCUACUGCUCAAAGAAAUUAGUGGCCAGAGGGUGAAGGCCAAAGAGUUGGUGCAGUAUUUCAAGUCGUACAUAAAUCUUUUCAGUGGAGAUGAGUUACCUGAACCCAAAUCAAUGCUUGUCGCGACGGCUGAAGCAAAUAAUUUAUCGGCAGUUGCUGCAGCAAAAGAGAUAUACCAAAAAGUUAUGGAGUCUAUCUGUGGCGGAAACAAACCUUACCUUAGCGCUGUUCACUUAGAGUCGGAACAUCUCAGGUGUAAAGAUAAGGCCUUAGAGCAAUUUAAUUGCAAGAGGAAAAUGGGAGGUGAAGAGUUCUCCCAAUCUUACAAAAUUAAACUAGAGUCUGAUAUAGAAGAACUUUUCAAUCAGUUUAAAUCUCACAACGAAAGUAAAAACAUUUUCAAGGCUGCACGAACACCAGCGGUAUUUUUCGCAAUUGCUGUCUUUUUCUACAUUGUCUCUGGAGUCUUGGGAUUGCUCGGAAUGUAUGAUAUAGCUAAUUUAUGUAACAUGGUAAUGGGUGUCGCUUUGCUGACUCUCAUUGUCUGGUCAUAUGUCAGGUACCGAGGAGAGAUGAGAGAAGUUGGUGAACACAUUGACAAUGCAGCAACUGUCGUCUGGGAUAAUGUGAUGAAGCCAAGCUACCAAGUUUGUCUACAAAAAGGGCUCGAGCAGGCGGCCAACUCUACGAUUUCCAGCAUAGCAGGGACAGAGCCCAACGGGAAAUUGAAAAAUUCUUGACUGCUACACGAUACUCACUCAACCUUCGUUGUUAUUACCUCCAAUUUCUCAUCGUAUGAAACAUUUUUGUAUCUUCCCCUUUUUCGUGCCCUUUUCACAUGCCUCUGUGACCAACCUUUGUGUACAAAGUUCAUCUCGAAUCUGUCAGACAUGCACAAUCUUCCGAAAACUUUGCUGUCCGUUUUUACUUUUUGAAUCAAGCGUACUUUUUCAUUUUUUUUUCCUUUUUUUUUUUUUUUUGAUUUGGCAUUUUUCUAGUUAUAAUUCACUUUUACUGUUGUAUUGUAGGGGUGGUUUGUACUUUAAAAUACUUAUUUUAAAAAUCUAACUUAAUUCUUUCAUUUUAUCUUUGAAGAUCAAGUUUCGUGGUUCAGAGAUAAGUUAUCUCUGUUGAAGACCGUUUCUUGUAAGCAUGAUCACUUUCAGUCAUCAUAGAAUGCUCCAGAGUUUAGUGCACCUGCUCCUUAUCAGUGUUCAACAGUCGCAAUUACCUACUCCAGUAAAAACAUGUGAAAUGCUCGGUUUUUAUAUUUUAUCUUCCAUAGCUCUCUUCUGUUCCUUAGACUUUUAUAAACCAAAAUUUUUAUAAUUUUUCAAGUUUUUAAAAUUUUAGUUGCAUGUUCUGUGUAAAGUGUGAGAGGUUGAUUUUUAAGUAUAAACAUUUAUAAGAAGUGACUAUAAGUUUGUAAUUGAACUCCAGAAGUCAGUCUUUUGUCUAUUUUUAAAAUUAAUUUCCAGGAAUCAAGUCUCCAAUUCAUUUGUAAAAUUUCUGUAGAAAAUUAGAAGUCAUCAUCAAAACUUGAUUAGUUUUUUGAUUUUGUAAGUAAUAUCAGGGUUGCCGCAGUCAAGGAAAAUUUGGAAAACUCGGAAAUAAAGAAAUUAUGUAGAACCACACAAGACAAACCAUGUAAACUACAUUAAAAAGCUCUCACUUGUGUGUGAAUUGUCAUUCCUCUGGACGGCUCCACUUUCUGACGUCCUCAGUACCACUCAGGGAAUGUCAGAGAGUUUAAAAAGUCAGAAGAAAUGAGAGAAAGUCAAGGUGUCAUUUCCUAAAUUCUGUGGCAACCCUGUAUCAUACGUUCAUGCAAGCUCCUUAGCUAUUGAUUAGUGUAAGUGAACUUGUAAUGAUGUCCAAAUUUUGGUUAUCGUUAAAAUGUUGAAUCUCAUUUAAGAUUCAACACGGCUAGCUUUUGCCCAUUUAAAGUUUACGCCAGAAGAAAUCAGCAUUUGUAAUCAUUGUUCUCAUUUUUUGUUCAAAUAGUCAUCAUUCUAUCAUUGCUCUGUCGCUCAUGACGUAAAAUAACUUUUGAUAUGAUGAGAACUUCAAUUUUUUUUCUGUUGCGAAAGGUUUCUUCAUUAAUUUGCUGAAUCCAAUGAAUUCUUUCGAUUCUAAGUACAGAUGUUAGAAUUCAGGCAACCUGUUCCCCCAAAGUUUGUAUCUUGACAUAAAGUAAAUUGAAAAAUUUAAAGAAGUUUAAAUUUUUCAACUGUGGUAUCUAGCUGUAAGUUAGUUGUCAUGUCUCUCUUUUUAUCAGUAAUUUUUUUUUUUUUUUUUUUUUUUUUUUUUUUUUUGUACAUUUGUAUUAUCCAUUGUUUUGAAGUCUCGAGUUUUUUCUUCUCUUGUUUAAAUCCAAAAACCAUUUUGCAACGGAUGUUCUUCAUUUUUAUCUGAAAAAAGAUUUGCUAAAUUUGUUUUAGAAAAAGUUAUUGCAAUCAGUCUUUAUCAAACCCAAGGUUUUUUGCGUGGAGCAGUCGACUGAAAAUUGCAAAGGAACAGUAGAGAUAACUAAUUACGUGAAUUUUAAAGACUGUGCAUGGCUGAUAAUAAUUAAAUUUUAGUUGUUUUCCUUAUUUUACAUUUUCUGUUACUUAUACUUGAAAAAAUAGGUUUUCUGGUCUAAGACCGUUGAACUUUCCGUCAGUCUCCCAAACCUGCAAUUAAAAUAUUAUACCUCCGUAACCCUGCCAAAAUUUGUAUUUUUAUUACAUAAUGCUUAACUAAAUUACAGUGUACCUUUUUAAGUAACAAGGUUUUUCUAUUCCAAAAAGGAAAUCCAAAAAUACGUGAGUGAUCCCUUAAGAAGCUUUAAUAUUGUACAUAGGUAGGUCUCUAAAUAAAUUAUGCCAUACCAUACUCUUAAGAUAGUUUCUCGGAGUUGUAUACAGAACGUUAAAAAAAUUUUAAAAUCCAAAAAAAAAAAUGUUUAUCAUGUUUUCAGUAUUUAUCCAUCUGGCAUUUAUCAGAUUGAAAGCCAUCCUGCUGGUUGACCACUCGCCUCCAAAAAUAAGGACUUACAAAAAAUUGAGUGUCGUGGAAAAAGUUUUUAUUAUAUUUUGAAUUAAAGCCAAUGGAGCCCAUGCACACCACUAAGAUUUCUGAUUAAAGUACUUACUUUUUCUCUCAUAAAAUUGAUGAGAGAUCGCAAACUGCAACUGAGGGUAGUGUUGGGGAUUCCCUCCAUAACUGCCUCAACUUUAAGAGCUUUAUAUAAGCUCGGAAGUUCUUCUCAGAGAAAACUACGACCACCAUCAUGUUUCUCGCUAAAUUGCACAUUAGAUGUAGCGCGUAAAUCGCAAAUCCCUGUGGCAUUCAAAACUCCUUUACUGGAAGCAAUACAAAUCUAUCCCUUAUAAUAAGCACCAUUUUCUUCCUACUUUAUUUUAGUAAUCAAUCUUCUUUGUUUUAGCAGGAUGGCACUCCCUUUGAGAUUUGCCUGGAUAAAUCUGAACAUGAUCAUUAAACGUUUUCUUGCAUUUUUGUUUUUGUUUAAUUAUGUGUUGCAUAGUGUAAAAUAAUAUAACUACGGUGAUUAACCCAAAUCAAACUAGAGUUAGACCUCAGGAGUCCUUUUGAAUGCAUGGCGUUAAAAUUAUUCUCUCUGAUUCUUCAGAUGAGGUCACCGGGAAACUAUUUUCACAGCAAUGAAAAUCGUUUAAUUUUUAUUAUUGUUAAUUUUCCUCUUUUUGUGUCUCCCAUCAGUGGUGUAUGUUAACUUUGAUGUCUUUAAAAUCUCAUUAAUAAAGAUUUAUUUUUUAAAAGUUAA